AUGGAGGUUAAGGUAUCAGUGGAAGGAGUCCCACAAGUUGUCUGUGGAGUUACUGAGAAAACCACAUGCCAGGAAGUGGUCAUAGCUUUGGCCCAAUCCAUUUGUGAGUACAAGUCUGGCAGUGUUUUAAUUUUACUGUAUAAUUCACUAGAAAUGUCCAAUCCAAAUCAAUCUUUUCAGGUGAUAAAUUCAUCCCAAUCAUUUCCCUUUGCUUAGGUCGUCCUGGGCGCUACACACUUAAAGAGAAAUUCAAAGAGUUUGAGCGGAAUGUGGCACCCAAUGAACGGCUUCUGGAGUCACUUGAGAGGUACGGCCAGCAGGCCAGAGAGGUCCAGCUCACCCUGCUGCAUAACGGGCCAUCCUUCUGCGAAGAGCCUAGUAGAGGGAAAGGCAGCAGAUACCAAGUUGGGCCUCAGCUGAGGAGAGCAGAUGCUGGGGGCAAAGUACGAAGGUGUAAUGGUGGUCUUAGUUUACACCGUCAAAGCCUACCUCCCUUAUCACGCCUGCGGCAACAAGCCAAACAGCCACCGGAAGAACCGAAGAAGCCCAAAAGAAAGUCCCUGACCCUGAUGGAGGAGGCUUGGGGAUGGCUGGAGAGUCUAGGAAGAGGCGGAGCGAACCAAUCAAGCCACGAAAAGGGAAACAGCAAGGACACUGACAAAAGGGAUGGUAAUUCCCUGAAUGUUUCGGUCACUGUUUCCAAGGAUCCCUCCACUCCUGGGGUUUUGCAGAGCAAAGUCAGAGGAGAAAAGAGUGCCAAGUCCACUGAGCACCAGCGAAUCUCCUGCUGCAUGGGAGACCAGGGCAGGGACAGAGAGAAGAGUAACAUUUCUGAUGAGGGUAAAGAUAACCAACAUGUUAAGAAACACCCAGAAGCUGGCACGGCAAAGAUAAAUGCUGAGGGCUGUCAGAAUCCAACCAGUGCCCUUAAGAUGGUUGAUGAGAAAAGGAGGUUAAGAGGACUAGUUGCUCGCCAACAGACUAAUCUGAAAGAGCUGCAGGUUCAAAUAAACUCAACGAAUAGUCAGAUUCAUGAGCUGGAGGAGCAACAAAAGGCCAGGCAAACUGACCAAGAGGCCCAGCAGAAGGUAAUAGAGGAGGCAGAGCAGCUGGAAUUUUGGGAUAAUGAGCUGAAGGCGGAAGAGGGAUAUCAAAAAGACUUGGAGGAACAGUUCCUGGAGAUUAAGGAAAAAGCUGUGGCGUGUAAGGCCAAGUUGGAAGAAUACAAAAUUAAAAUGCAAGGACUUGAUUCCUCAAGAGACAGAAGAACUGUUCAAAUGGAGAAAGUGAAUGUUGCAAGCCAAGAUGCCACAUCUCCUGCUGCUGCAGGGUGGACAACGCCAAAUGAGGCCUUGAAUCAGUCAAGAGCGCUUACAGUCAGCGUGGUAAAUACAGACAGGAAGUUUGCUCCCAGAGAGAACUCAGAUCUUCCGCAUGCUCUAGUUCCCCCAAACCAGAUCAAGGACUUGCGGCCCUCAAGGCCAAAUCAGCUUAGAGACUUGUGGACACACUGGUCUGAAGCCCCGAGUCCAAAUACAGAAACAAAACCAAAGGUUGUGCAUCGCGCCGAGAUAACGAUACAUCUGGGUAGCACCAGAGUUUGA